AACCAAAACCACCCUAAUCCUCGCUAAAACCCUAAAAUACACCACUCGCGUCUCUCUCUCGGGUCUCAAGAACAUAGAAAUGAGACAUUCAUGGAGAUUACUAAUCUUCCGAAAUUGCCCUAGCUUGUCCUUCAGAAACCAUGCUCACUCCUCCCAUCCUCAUUUCCAGGUACAUUCCUCUUCCCCUUCUCUUCGCUCUUUCUAUUCGCUUCAUGCGCCUUCUCGUCAAGUUCAUUUCGCAGACCCUAAGAACCCCAUAAAUUCCAAAAUCCCAAUUGCUCGUAAUUUCUCGUCUGAGCCACUGGUUGAUUCCAAAAAGGACGCAGAUCAUUGUUUUCUAAUAUCUGAUAUUUUCACUAAAUUUACUGAUGCCAAUGACAUCGCCAAAGAAUUGGAGUUGAACAGUGUGGUUAUUGACCAUGAGUUAGUAUUGAAGGUGUUGAAGUCCCUCGAGUCCAGCCCUGAUGCGGCUCGAAGGUUUUUUGAUUGGGUUUUGGAGAGGGACAGUAAGAAAUUGAGUUCCAAAGCUUAUAAUUUGAUGUUAGGUAUCCUGGGAGUUAAUGGAUCGGUCGAAGAGUUUUGGGCUUCAGUUGAGACCAUGAAGAAAAAAGGUUAUGGUGUGUCGAAGGGUACACGGGAUAAAGUAGUGGAGAAAUUUGAGAAAGAAGGACUAAAGAGUGAUCUGGAUAAACUGAAAUCAGUUUUUGCAACAAUAUCUGUGGAUAAUUCUGUGGAAAAGAUUGGUUUGAGUGUGAGUAGGAUUGUUAGGAAUCAAGUUUGGGGAGAGGGUGUUGAACUGCAGAUUAAGGAUUUAAAUGUAACAUUUUCAAGUAAUUUGGUGAAGGUUGUGUUGGAGAAUUUAGCUAUGGAACCCAUAAAAGCAUUGGUAUUUUUUAGGUGGGUCGAGGAGAAUCGGCUGUUUAAGCAUGAUGAAAGGAGUUAUAAUGCAAUGGCAAGGGUUCUGGGAAGGGAAGAUUGUGUUGACAGGUUUUGGAAGGUUGUUGAUGAAAUGAGGAGCAAUGGACAUGAAAUGGAGGAGGAGACGAAUGUUAAGGUUUUGGGACGGUUUGUGAAGAGGAAAAUGAUUAAGGAGGCUGUGGACUUGUAUGAGUUUGCAAUGGCUGGUGCUAAUAAGCCUUCAGUGCAAUGUUGCACCUUUUUGUUAAAGAAGAUAGUGGUUAGUAAAGAAUUGGAUAUGAAUUUGUUUUCAAGGGUUGUAAGAAUCUUUAUUGGGAAUGACUACUUCUUGACAGAUUCCAUGCUUCAUGCAGUUCUUAAAUCUCUAACCAGUGUUGGUAGAUUUGGAGAGUGCAAUAAAGUUUUGAAAGAAAUGAAGGAAGCUGGGUAUGUAGCUAGUGAUAAUCUGCAAAGUAAGAUUGCAUUCAGGCUUAGUAGUGCCAGCGACGAGAAUAAAGUGAGUGAAUUUGUGGAUCAUAUGGAAGCAUCUGGAAGUUAUUUGGAUUACAAGGCCUGGGUAUCUUUAAUUGAAGGGCAUUGUGCAUCCGGGGAUCUUGAAAGUGCAUCUGAUUGUUUCCAAAAUAUGAUUCUAAAGGAGGGAGUUUCUAACGCUGGUUAUUCCUUUGAAUCUUUGGUAAAUGCAUAUUGUUGCAAGAACAGAGCGGUAGAUGCAAGCAAGCUUCUGCAUGGAUAUGUUCGUCAUAACCAGCUAGAGCCUUGGCAUACUACCUACAAAGUACUGAUAAGUAAAUUAUUGGUUCAGGAUGGAUUUACAGAUGCCUUGAAUCUGUUGGAUUUGAUGAGGAACCAGGGUUUUCCUCCUUUUGUGGAUCCAUUUAUUAAGCAAGUAUCAAAAUCUGGAACAGGUGAUGAUGCUGUUGCUUUCAUGAAGGCUAUGACUUCCAAAAGAUUUCCAUCUACGUCAGUGGUUCUUCGUUUAUUCAAAGCUUUUUUCAAGGCUGGGAGGCACGCUGAAGCACAAGUUUUCCUGUCCAAAUGCCCACGCUACAUCCGUAACCAUGCUGAUGUUUUGAAUAUUUUCUGUUCAACGAAAUCUUGUGAAAAUACUGAUUCUGCUGCUGUGGCAGUAUAGAGAUUGAUGUAGUUUGGCAUCUGUUCAAAAGUUCUGGUAUUGAAAAUUUUGACACCCACUUUGAACCUUGCCUUUGGAGUAUGAUGAACUUUGAUGACUUGAAAUAAAAUUCAAUUAAUACAGUUCUCCAAAA